AAUACUGUCAGUAUUAUGUUAUUGAACAUCCAACAUGACAAGCUAGUUAGGAAUGUUAUUCUAAAAUUAUGAAAUCAAAAGUUUUGGCACAUAAAUUAUUCUUGAAUUCACCCUUAGUUUUAGUAUGUAAGCUCGGUAAAAAUUUGAGCAACAAGCCGUCUAAAUUAUCAGCGCUCCAACAGCUGAAAGAGGUGACAACUAUUGUCGCCGAUACAGGCGACUUUGGGGCCAUAAAUGUUUAUAAGCCCACAGAUGCGACAACGAACCCAUCUUUAGUACUAAAUGCCUCAAAAAUGGAUCGGUAUAAGCCUCUAGUGCUGAAAGCGGUCGAAUAUGGUAAAUGUGUUGAUGGAGAUCAGGAACGUCGUUUGGCGGAGGCUAUGGAUUAUUUGUCUGUCUUAUUUGGAUGCGAAAUUUUGAAAAUAGUGCCUGGUAAGGUGUCCACGGAAAUUGAUGCCCGUCUGUCGUUCGAUACGGCACAGAGUGUGGAUAGGGCAUUGAAACUGAUUUCCUUAUAUAAAACUUUUGACGUAUGCAAGGAACGUAUUCUCAUCAAACUAGCCGCCACGUGGGAGGGCAUCAGGGCAGCCGAAAUCUUGGAGAAGGAACAUUCCGUUGGCUGUAAUCUAACGCUUAUUUUCUGCAUAGCCCAGGCUGUAGCCUGUGCCGAGGCUGGCGUAACGUUGAUCUCUCCAUUUGUGGGCCGUAUUUUAGAUUGGCACAUUGCGAAUACUAAAACUAAGAAAUACGAGCCCAAUGAUGAUCCGGGAGUUAUAUCCGUACGUAAUAUUUAUAACUAUUAUAAGAAAUUUGAUUACAAGACUCUGAUUAUGGGCGCUUCGUUUCGAAAUGCGGGCGAAAUCAAAGCUUUAGCUGGCUGUGAUCUGCUGACCAUUAGUCCAGCAUUGCUCAAUGAAUUGGAAAAUGAUCAAUGCAAGUUGCCCGUCCAACUAUGUAAAGCGGCUGCCAAAGUAGGAAAUUUUAAGAAAGUCUGUGUUAAUGAGAAGCAGUUCAGAUGGUUAAUGAACGAAGAUGCCAUGGCCACGGACUUGUUAUCAGUUGGUAUACGAAAGUUUACAUUGGAUACGGUGAAACUAGAAAAGUUAAUAAAAUCGCUGAUGUGAUGUAAUAAUAUUUGA